AUGGAUCCAGAAAUAGUCGAUUUGUUAACCCCUUUUAAAGGUUUGGGAGAGGCUUGUGGUUAUGAUGCAUGUCCUACAAUAAAAGAGGGCAAAUUAAAUGUCCACAUAGUGCCUCAUACGCAUGCUGAUGGUGACCACGACGUGAACUCCCCUCCGAGACCGGAGGUCGUAGUACUACGAAUUGCCUUGCCAGUGCCAGGUAUGUUCCAUGAGUCGGAGUGUGCAGUGGCUGUGGAGCUGACCAAGCAUGCGCGAUCGCACAUGGUAGUGGACAGGUUUCCAUUUGAAGCCGAGUGCGCUGGCUGGCGGGCGGUGAUCGUGGGCGGGGAAGGGAUAGUACGUCGUAUGGUAUACCAACUACUUAGACAGGGUCGUUUAAUAAUAGUAGGGGGUAGUUGGGGGAUGCCAGAUGAAGGAUCAACGAGCUAUCAGUCAAUUAUAGAUAGCUAUACAUAUACUUUAAGAAAAAUAAACCGAACAUUUCUAAACUGCGGUCGACCGCUCGUCGCCUGGCAAGCGGAUACCUUCGGCCAUUCUAGAGAAUAUGCAUCAUUGGUGGCUCAAAUGGGAUUCGAUGGGAUGUUCAUCAAUCCCAUCAGCUUUGAUGAUGAACUGGUUAGGAUGGAACAGGUGGCGUUGGAGUUCUUAUGGCGGGGGAGUGAUGAUCUUGGUAUGGAAUCGGACAUAUUCACAAGUAAAUUAUUCGAUGGGUACUGGUCCCCCCCAGGGUUCUGUUUUGGCGCCAUGUGCUCUGACCCGCUUCUGAUAACUUCAGAUAGUGUGUUUAAUAAUAUCGAGGAAAGGGUAGACGUUUUCAUAGAACAGAUACGAUAUCGCCAAUCACCAUUCUACACCACUAAUCACAUAAUGGUGAUGAUGGGGCAAAUGUUCGGGUACCACAGCGCUAAAAUGUGGUUCGAAAACAUCGAUGUGUUGAUACAUUCUGUUAACGAGAAGUCGUAUCGCACGGGAGCAAAUAUACAUUUGGUUUAUUCAUCACCUAAUUGUUAUUUGAAGGCCGUGCACAGUUCUAAGCCAGUACUAAAAACAAAACAGGACGAUUUCUUUCCCUAUAGCUAUGAUAAGUACUCCGUCACUUCCGGAAUGUUUACAUCCAGACCAGACUUAAAAUAUUUUAUAAGAGAAGGAAAUAUUUAUUUACAAGUGGCAAAGCAACUGCAAGUGUUGGCAUCAUUGGAAAAUCAGGAUAAACUUUUAGAAGACUUUAUGUGGAUCAUGGGUGUAAUGCAAGAUCAUAACAUAAUAUCAGGAGCUUUAAGAGAAUAUGGAAAGUAUUACUAUAUAAAGGAAUUAAAUGAUGUGAUACAACGGUCUAUACCUUUAUUGGAAUCUGCUUUUAACAAACUACAAAACUCCAAGAAAACGAUAAAAUACAAUAGAUGUCCAUUUAAUAUAUCUUCGUGUCCUUUUACUGAUUCUUCAACAUUUCACAUUUUAAUAUACAAUCCCCUGGCUUGGACAGUAUCUGUUCCAGUAAGAUUACCUACAAUGAAAGAAAAGUAUAUGGUUUACGAUGGAAAAGGUAAACCAAUAAAGGUAUAUCUCACACCAGUAUCACAACAUAUACUAAAAAUACCUCUAAGAAACACAACAACAGAUCACGAAUUAUUAUUCAAUGCCCAAAACAUUCCACCGCUCGGCUACAAAGCAUUUUACAUCAAAAAGGAAACAAACAAACGAAAAAGGUCGAUAAUAAAAAAGCUGAAUAAGAAUCCGCAAAAGAAAUAUUACAUCGGACAAGCGGCUGAGGCUUAUAAUAAAACGUACUUCGAAGAAGACACAAGCUAUGAAGAUGCUGAAAGUGAUAAAAUAAAUCAUCCAAAAUUCGUUUUUACAAAAAAGCAAGAUAAUUUUUCAAAUAGCGCAACUAGUGUUGAUGUUGCUAACGUAAAAAAUAUCAUUGAUAAAAAUAAUGUUACACCAAAAUUUUUGAGUAAAUCUACUACUGAUACAUCUAUUUUUGAAGAAACUACAACAGAUAAUGAAAUAUCAACUACUGAACUUGAUAUAGAAAGUUCAAGUAGUAAUUUUAAACACGCAGAAGUUACUAGAACGACUAUGAAAACUAUAAUAGAUGAUGAUGACGAUGAUGAUAAAUCAGAAGAAAACCCAUCUACUGAUUCAUAUUAUUAUGUCGAAUCUAAUGAUACUUUUAUAGAAAACAAGUACAUAAAAAUAUACCUAGACAGCUACAAGAAAGUAUCAAACAUAUCUCUUUCGAAUGGUAUAAACACUUCACUCGAUAUACAAUACUUUUAUUACGUGUCCGACGAUCCAAAAAAACUGGGCACAGACAAACGACCUCCAGGCGUCUAUAUUUUUAGACCUAUGGACUUAACUCCGGUUCCUAUAAUUGAUGUGAUCGAUACUAAAGUAUAUAAAACAGAUUUGGUGCAAGAAAUACAUUCUAAAUAUUCAGAAUACGCCUCUUUUGUUCUAAGAUUGUAUCAGGACAAUCCUGUGGUUGAAGUUGAUUGGGUUAUAGGUCCAGUACCUGAUGAUGAUGAAUUAGGCAAAGAAGUAUUUAUAAGAUAUACAACAGAUUUGGAGAAUGGAGGCGUAUUCUAUACAGACGCUAAUGGAAGGCAAACUGUGAAGAGAAUAAGGAAUAGACGAGCUGCGUACCAACCUUAUAAUUUGAACAAGGUGGCAGGUAAUUUCUAUCCAGUAACUUCAAAAAUCUACAUUGAAGAUACAAAGAAAAAUAUACGAUUAUCAAUAUUCAAUGAUCGAUCUCAAGCCGGGGCUUCAUUGCUAGAUGGUACAUUAGAUCUUAUGGUUCAAAGACGAUUAUUCACAGAUGAUGCAGGUGUUCAAAAUAUUAUUAAUGAUACUAUAAAUGGUGAAGGAGUUAUUAUUCGAGGAACACAUUAUCUAUAUCUGUCUAAAGCUGAUUAUAAACCUAAUAGAGUGUUUGAAAAGAAACUAGCAAAGGAAAUUGAGUUACGACCGGUAGUUCUUGUAUCAAAUAGUAUGGAAUAUGACGAUUGGUUAGAUCUUAGCAAUGAAUUUAAAGGACUGAAUAAAAAACUACCCAUAGGAGUCCAUGUUUUGGGUUUACAGGAAUGGAAUGAUGGUACUAUUUUAGUUAGACUUGAGAAUUAUUUAGAGAAAAGUGAUACAGUUAAGAGUGGUAUUAAAAAUGUUGUUUUAAAAGAUCUGUUUCAUAAUAUAAAGAUGGAUAGAGUGAAAGAGACAACGCUAGCAGCAAACAUGUGGCUCUCUGAUUGGCUGCCGCUACAAUGGGAGAAAAAUGGCAGUUUUUUUAGGAAUUUUAAUGAAUAUUAUGGAAGUGAUAAAGAAGAAUACAGUGAAGAUGUUUUGAAAGCUGUGGAUGUUGAUUUGAAAAUUGUCAAGUUAACUCCACAGCAAAUUAGGACAUUUGUUGUGUGGUAUAAGAAAGAUAUAUCUUGAUAA